CUGUGGGGAAGCCCCGAAUCUUUAUUUUGUUUCUGUGUUUAGACUACUCUACAGUGCUCAGAACUUGGAAUUCGCCAAUUUUGAGACACCCUGUAUGCAAAAUUAAAAAAAUGCAAAAUGUCAUUUUGGGAUAUUUGACACUUUUCUCAAAUUAUGUGGCACAAGACGUUUGUUUGCGCAAAAUUCCAAUAAUUUAUGGUAAUAAUCAAGGUUUUAACUUAAAAAAUAAUCACCGCCGUGUAAUGGAAAACCCCGUCAUUAUUUUUGUUGAGUUGGCAACGCCGCCCAUUUUCCUGUACAACCCAGAAAUGUCACGAACGUCACAGUGCAAUAUGAGAACGUAGUGUUUAUUAGUCAUGUCAUUUCAAGCAUUCCAUUCAAAUUCAGCAAUUAGUUCAUCUCGUCCAAGUGCCCCCUUGUGUUCGCGGGCCAAUUAAUGCGCUCGCACUUAACCUCAAAAUGCCCGACUCUGUGGAACUGAGCGUGGAGCGCGUCCUCGGCGGCUUGGCCCUCGAGGGCGAAGAGUCGGAAAUCUGCGACUUCUCGCUCGAGGAGCAGAACGCGGCUUGCGAGAGCCAGGGGGUGCAGCCCACAGUGAGCCCCAAUUUCAAGCCGGUGAUUGGCGAGACGGUCACUUACGUGGUGGCCGUGGUGCUCAUCAACGACCACAACGAGGUGCUGAUGAUGCAGGAGGCCAAGGAGUCGUGCGCGGGCAAAUGGUACUUGCCGGCGGGCCGCAUCGAAAAGGGGGAGACCAUCAGCGAGGCGGGCCAGAGAGAGGUGCUGGAGGAGACGGGGCUGCAUGUGCAAUGCACCACUCUGAUAAUGGUGGAGUGUGCAAGGGGCUCCUGGAUACGGUACGUGCUCACGGGGGUGGCCACCGGGGGCAAGCUAAAGACACCGGCUGAGGCAGACAAGGAGUCACUGCAAGCCAAAUGGGUCGCUAAUUUGGGGGAAUUAACGCUAAGGGCCACCGAUAUCAUGGAUUUGAUUAACAGAGCCAGGGCGUUCAAAGAGGCAAGAAAAGCCCGCGACCAAACCUGGCACAAAGACCAACUUCCGUGUCUUCGCCCCCAUUCCAGACUCCUCCUGCGACUAGUCGUCGUAAUAAAGAAAAAAGCCACGAAUCGCGUCCACGUUUUAAUAAGCGAGAAGACUUCGUGGCAUUUACCCACUUGUGAAAUCCACCCGUCGAAAAAUCUGCAUUCGACUUUGAAGCGCUUUAUGGUGGAUUUGUUCGGGGCUGACGUGGGGCCCCACAGGCCACAUGGGUUGCUUUCGGUGGAGUAUGACCCGCGCGACCGUAAAGACGGGGCUUGUUUGACGCUGCUAGUGGCGUUUAGGCCCCCUUUGGAGGAGGUCCCCAUCAUUGGCAAGUGUGUCUGGCAUGAGGCCUCCAAGGAGCUGGGGGAGAGGCUCCUGGCCAAGGUGGCCUCCAAGAACUCCACCAUUCCGAUCCAUGUUAUUUGUUGAAGGUGCUACGAGUACUAACCGGGCAGUAUUGUGGUUAAGGAACGAGUAAAUUAUUGUUGCGGAUUAACUGUUUAUUAUAGUUUUGUAUUUUAUUAUUGUUUGUGCAUGUUAUUGUAAUAAAUUAUUAUUUAUACGACAAAUCAAAUAAAAUCUACAAAAUAAA